UUGAGUGUACUCAUGCCAUAGGAUUAAAGCAUUCUAUUUCUAUGAUCUCUCCCCAUGCAGGUGCCGUGGUGGUGAGGGGAAGUAGCUGCAGCCAUGGACACCACCACCUCCAUCAAGAUGACCACUCUGGCCAUCCAGAACCUCUUCAGCUACGUGGAGGAGGAGAACCUGGCAGCGCUCAAGGCCCACCUGGACAAGUUCAAGGAGGUGGACGGCAGGAGUGACGUGAGUAUCCUCAUACUAUCUAUAGGUAUUAUAUAUAAAUGGCUAAAUGGCAUAUUAUAUAUGUGCAUCCCAAAUGGCACCCUAUCCCCUAUAUAGUGUCCUACUUUUGACCAGAGCCCAAUGGGCACUGGUCAAAAGUAGUGCCCUAUAUACAUAAUAGGGUGCCAUUUGGGACAUACAGUCUAAUAAAGGUAAAAUAUAGCUUAGAGGAGUGUCUGUUGAAGAUAAAUGGGAAGAUUGGGUCUAUUACUGUACAAAGAAAUAUCAUUCAUUGUGUUUCUAGUAGGUUUUUCUAAAUGCAUGCCUUUUUUCCCCUCCCUAACAGAAUGGUCAGACGCCCUUGAUGCUGGCUUCAGAGCAGGGCAGUAUUGAGAUUGUACAGGAGCUCAUCAGGAGAGGAGCCAAUGUUAACCUGGAUGAUGUGGUAAGAGAGAUGGAUCAUUAACCCUCUCUGUCUUUGUUCCCAUUCAUUUCAAAGCCUAUUAUGAAGACAUUGACAGUCAUUGUGAAUGUGCCAAUCAUUCUGAACUCUGCCUGAUGGCUCCAUGGUAACGGUAGUCACCGUUGUCUCUCUGUCUCCAUGGUGACCGGUGUGAUGUGCUAUUCUCUCUCUCUCAGGACUGCUGGUCUGCUCUGAUCUGUGCUGCUAAGGAAGGCCAUGUAGAGGUGGUGAAGGAGCUGUUAGAAAGCAGUGCUUACAUAGAGCACAGAGACAUGGUGAGACACUCAAUCAUUUCAACUGGCCACAAUCAGUAAUAAGCUAUAAUGUUUUGGUGAUUGUAUGAACUUGAUUUGUAUGCUUGUCCCAGUCCACUUCAGUUAGUGCUUUCAAUAAAAACGCAGAACUAUUCAAUGGACAGGCUAUGCUUGUAAUGUUUUUGCAUGCAAAGCCCUGAAGGUACUGUAAUGUGUGCAGGAUUGUGUUUGUGUACAGUAAUUAAUGUUGUUCUGCAGGGAGGCUGGACGGCCCUCAUGUGGGCUGCCUAUAAAGGCCGUGUGGAGGUAACCAAGGUUCUCCUUGACAACGGAGCCAACCCCAACACUACUGGGCAGGUAAUGGCAUUCAAUCAAAUACCUGAUCCAUGAUGUAUUCCUUACACGGGUAAUGAUGUUCGUAUACUUGUCAUUCAUAAACCCUCAUGGCUAAGGAGAUGCAGUACAUCACAACCCCAUGUAUUGCAUGUAUGCAGCCUUACUCUCUGUCUUCCUCAUCAGCAAUACAGUGUAUACCCCAUCAUCUGGGCAGCAGGCAGAGGUCAUGCUGAGAUCGUCCAGGUCUUGCUGGAGAACGGAGCCAAGGUCAACUGCUCUGACAAGGUGAGACAACCUAUUGGGACGCAUGGCUGGGCAAUGCCAGCCUUUGGGUUAGUGGUGCCCCAUUUUGGCCAGAAAUAGGGACCUGUGCCAGUAUGGAUAACCCUGUGUGUGUGUGUGUGUGUGUGUGUCUUUCUCUCUCUCAGUAUGGUACCACCCCUCUGAUCUGGGCAGCCAGGAAGGGCCAUUUUGACUGUGUGAUGCACCUGCUGGAGAACGGAGCCGACGUCGACCAGGAGGGGGCAGUAUGUCUCUACACCAUAGAAAUAGAAUAACAUUCUAAUAAACAGACAUUCUAAUGAACAGACAUUCUAAUGAACAGACAUUCUAAUGAACAGACAUUCUAAUGAACAUUGUUGUUCUGCAGUCUACACCUCUCACUCUGAUAUCACCUGUCUAAAGUCAUAGAGAAUGGCUCUGUACAUCAAACAUAGUUCCUUUAGAUGAAUGUAAUACCAUUGUAAUAACACUGCUCUCUGCACUCCUCUUCUCAUUCUUUCCCUUGCUCCUGUCCUCUCGCUCUCUCUCUCUCUCUCGCUUCUCUCCCUUUGUUCUGUUCCUCUACAUCUCCCUCCAAUCUUCUCUCUCUCCCUCUCCCUCCCCCCAUAGAACUCGAUGACAGCUCUGAUCGUGGCAGUGAAGGGAGGUUUCCCUGAGGUGGUGAAGGAGCUUCUGAAGAGGAACCCUAACGUCAACAUGACAGACAAGGACGGCAACACGGCCCUGAUGAUCGCUGCCAAGGAGGGCUACACUGAGAUAGUCCAGGACUUGCUGGACGCUGGCACCUACGUCAACAUACCAGACAGGGUGGGCAAAGGGAGCGCAAGCAUACACACACACACACACACACACACACACACACACACACACACACACACACAGAUUCUGGAUUAUAAGUGCUGUAUUGAAAUGUGGAUGUAAAGUAAGCUGUGUGCUGACCUGUGUGUGUGUGUGUUGUACAGAGUGGAGACACAGGUGCUUAUCGGAGCAGUGAGAGGAGGCCAUGUGGAGAUAGUGAGGGCUCUGCUGCACAAAUACGCUGACAUCGACAUCAGAGGACAGGUAGGGAGUCUGACACCUGACUACUUAUAUAUAUGCCAUUUAGCAGACGCUUUUAUCCAAAGUGAUUUACAGUCAUGCGUGCAUACAUUUAAUUGAACCCACUAUCCUGGCGUUGCAAGCGUCAUCCUCUUCCAACUGAGCGACAGAGACACAUACUGUGCGUCCCAAAGGGCACUCUACUGCAUGUAUAGUGCACUACUUUUGACCAGGGCCCACAGGGAUAUGGUCAAAAUUAGUGCACUAUAUAGGGGAUAGGGGCACAGACAUUCAAUACUACAUUAUUGAUUGAAAUAAAUACAAUCCACCUCACCUUCUACAGGACAACAAGACAGCCCUGUACUGGGCUGUGGAGAAAGGCAACGCCACCAUGGUGAGAGAUAUCCUCCAGUGCAACCCCGACACAGAGACCUGCACCAAGGUAAGAGAAAACAACCACCUUACAGUAAAUGUAACCAUAUCUCAACUAUCAGCAGUCUCACACACACAGCCACCUAUUCUCUUUAAACGCUUUCUCACCUGUGUUUAUGUGUCCUGGUGUCAGGAUUUAGAAAGCCCUCUGAUCAAAGCCACUAAGAUGAGGAACAUUGACAUAGUGGAGCUUCUGCUGGACAAAGGAGCCAAGGUGUCUGCUGUGGACAAGGUACAAGUCUUUUAACUGUCUAUACCCAUAGAAAACAUAAUAUAUACACUGAGUGUAGAAAACAUGCUCUUUCCAUGACUGACCAGGUGAAUCCAGGUGAAAGCUGUGAUCCCUUAUUGAUGUCACUUGUUGAAUCCAUUUCAAUCAGUGUAGAUGAAGGGGAGGAGACAGGUUAAAGAAGGAUUUUUAAGCCUUGAGACAAUUAAGACACGGAUUGUGUAUGUUUACCAUUCAGAGGGUGAAUGGGCAAGACAAAAUAUUUAAGUGUCUUUGAACGGGGUAUUGUAGUAGGUGCCAGGCGCACUGGUUUGAGUUUGUCAAGAACUGCAACGCUGCUGGGUGUUUCAUGCUCAACGGUUUCCAAAUGUUGAUCCAUUUUGUUGCCAACUAACCAACCCCCAUUAACCGGUUAACAAAUGGUUAAAUUCGUUCCAAACAGUAAAAUGAAGUGACCAACAGAAAACAGACAUUUUAACAUUUACGUCAUUUAGCAGACGCUCUUAUCCAGAGCGACUUACAGGAGCAAUUAGGGUUAAGUGCCUAGAAUGGAAUUAAUCAUUUUCAAACAUUUGCCAAAAUGCAAUUUGUGGGAAAACACUGUUCUAAAAGACACACCUGAUGCAACCCCUCACGUGACAGAGAUUAACCUCCUUUAGAAACAGAAAGAGGGAAAAUGUAAAUAUGCCACAACUAGGAUGGGUUCUACCUCUCCCACUGCGCCCUACAGCCUGUGUCUGUGAGUUGUCUAGCAAUGAGUCUUCGCUGUGGCUUGCGAGCGGCCGACUAGAGACAGCCAUAUAGAUGAGGUAAGAAAGAUACUCUCUAACUCUAUAAACUCACUGUACAUUACUAUUUUCGGCAAAAUAAUAAUUCCGGUCGAUCAAGAUACUGUACCGGUUUUAUGACUGGCGAUUUAGUUAAAUUCUGACACCAGUUUAAUUCCACUAAAUUAUGCAAAUUAACCUAUAGACUGAUAAGCAUGACCGGCAAAUGUGUUUUCAGCUGCUAACCGACUAAUGGUUAACCAUUAACAUUCCUAUUUACCACCCAAAGGACAUGCAACCAACUUGACACAGCUGUGGGAAGCAUUGGAGUCAACAUGGGCCAGAACCUUGUAGAGUCCAUGCCCCGACAAAGGUGUUGUUAAUGUUUUGUAUACUCAGUGUAUACAUGGGUGAAAGUAGAUUUCAUUUCUUACUGGUACAGGUCACCUAAGUGCACGCACACAAUUUUUUUUAUAUAGGCCUAAUACAAAAAUUACAGGGUAGCCUACUCUGCUGACUCACCGGGGAUAUGGCCGAUGUUCUCCUCUGGUGCCAAUAAGAUGGGCAAUUGUUUGCUCAAUUAAGUUAAGAAUAUUGAUAACUAAAAGACAAAUUGGAGUCUUUUCAUUGUCAUCAAUAGCCAUUUGCUUUCCAAACAGUUUUUUGGCGAUUGUAUUUUUAAAUAUUACAAUAUGCCUGGCUGGGUCUGCUUUUCACUGACAGUCACAACUCAACAAUCUAUUUGGUAUUUGCAGCGCGCACUGCCCAAAUUGCGGGCAAUGCGAUUUAUAACAAUCCACCGUUUUUUUUUUUAAGCUAAUGAUCCUCUGGCCAAAUCAUGCUUUCUGGUGUGGUAGCCUAUUUUGAAUGAUUGUAUUUAUUUCCGUAUAUACAGGAGUAGGCUAAUUAGGCUGUAUAAUUUUGGCAAUUUAACUCAAUGUACUUUAGGGACAGCUUCCCCUAGCCUUAUGGGCAUGCCGCCUACGCCUUCUAAUGUGCCAUUAAUACAACCAGUCAUGAUGUUUUCAUCUGAUUGUCAGACAAUCACUUAACAAUGGCGCUCCUGUAGCCUACCGGCGCACAUUGGUUCACUCACAAAAUCAUUUCAGCAUCCAAACCCCAACAGUGCAACCCGCAAUUGGAUGAAUGGAAAGAGACGUCUGUUACAAAACACCUACGUGUAUUGGAAUGACAUUCAGCGAUUGUCAUUAGGCCUACACUUGUAGCCUGAAUUGAUGCAUCCACUUGUCUACGCGCUCGGUCUCGGCCACUCAUCUCCGCCUUGACAAAAUGUGUCACGACUCUCGUAGUACGGAGUAGACCAAGGCGCAGCGUGAUGAACGAACAUAUUUAUUAUCUUUAGUGAUAAUACAAAAACAACAAACGAUACGUGCAGUCCUAAGGUUAACUCAAACACGGAACAAACCAAACGGAAACAAGAUCCCACAAACACUAAGGGAAAACAGACGGUUUAAAUAUGGUUCCCAAUCAGAGACAACCAGCCACAGCUGACACUCGUUGCCUCUGAUUGAGAACCACACUGGCCAACAUAGAAAUACAAUACUAGAACACGACAUAGAAACACAAACACAUAGAAACUACACACCCUGGCUCAAAAUAUAGAGUCCCCAGAGCCAGGGUGUGACAAAAUGUAAGUGUUCUCCUCAAACCACUACGCAAUUUGGAGCGUAUACUACCUGGUUUACAGUCAAUUCGCAAAUGUUUCAUGCGGCAGACAUGCAGUAAUGUAAAAUAAUGCUGUAAUAACCUAUCGUUUUUUGGGAAUGUUGUAUUCAUUGUGAUAGCCUCAUGUUUUACUGGUAGGGCGUACCCACACUAUUUAUUUUGCCGGGACUAUACCACCUUACUUUCACCCCAGUAUAUAUGUAUAUAUUUUUUUACAUUUUAGACUUACAGUUAGUGAGUGCAUACAUUUUCAUACUGGCCCCCCGUGGGAAACGAACCCACAACCCUGGCGUUGCAAGCGCCAUGCUCUACCAACUGAGCUACAGGGGACAAUGUAUAUACAUUGUACAUGGCAUAUACAGUCGGGUCCAUAAUUAUUGGCACCGUUUGAUAAAGAUGAGCAAAAAAGUGUAUCAAAGAAAUAACACAAAGACUGAGCUAUAUUGCAUGCACAUUUUUGUUUAUGAAAGUAUAUUAUUUUAUACUAAUACAAUUGCUCAACUAAUCAUUUAAAAAAAGAGAGGGGUAAAAAUUAUUGGUACCCCUGGUUUCAAUAUUCUAGCACCCUCCCCUUGUGAGGAUAAUGACACUGAGCAUUUUUCUAAAAUGUUUUAUGAGAUUAGGCAACACAUUGGGAGGGAUCUUAGACCAUUGCUCUAUACAGCAUAUUUCCAGAGCUCUAUUUUCAUGUCAUCUGACAUAGCACCAGUUCCAAUCCAAGUGCCAAUGCGGUUUAUCAAACUCCAGGCGGUGCUAUGGUCAGAUGACAUGAAAAUACAGCUCUUUGGCCACUUGGACAGAAGCAUAUGCAGAAAAGUAUCUCAUACCUACAGUAAAAUAUGGUGGUGGAUCUUUGAUGUUAUGCGGCUAUUUUGCUUUCACUGGUCCUGGGGCCCUUGUUAAGGUCAAUGGCCACGGGGGGCCAGUAUGAAAAUGUAUGCACUCACUAACUGUAAGUCGCUCUGGAUAAGAGUGUCUGCUAAAUGACAAAAAAAUAAUAAUAAUAAUGGCAUCAUGAACUUUACCAAGUACCAGGACAUUUUAGCCAAAACCUGGUUGCCUCUGGCAGGACGCAAGUGGAUCUUCCGGCAAGACAAUAAUCCCAAGGACUAAUCAAAAUCCACAAAGAAAUUGUUAAUUGACCACAAAAUCUACAUUUUUCAAUGGCAAUUCACUGGACUUGAUCCCCAUUGAAAACUUGCGGUUUGAAUUGAAGAGGGCAGUCCAUAUGAGCAGACAAAGUAUAUCAAGGAUCUGGAAAGAUUCUGUAUGGAGGAAUGGUCUAAGAUCCCUCCCAACGUGUUCGCCAAUCUCAUAAAACAUUUUAGAAAAAGGCUCAGUGUCGUUAACCAUUGCAAGGGGAGGGUGCUAGAUUAUUGAAAACAUGGGUCCUAUAUCUUUUUUUAAAAUAUUUAUUUGUAUUACUUGUUAAACAUAAUUUCUCUGAGCAAUUGUAUUAGUAUAAAAUAAUUAAAUGUUUCCGUUUUUUGGAGCACAUACAGUGGCUUGCGAAAGUAUUCACCCCCUGGCAUUUUUCCUAUUUUGUUGCCUUACAACCUGGAAUUAAAAUGGAAUUUUUGGGGGGGUUUGUAUAAUUUGAUUUACACAACAUGCCUACCACUUUGAAGAUGCAAAAUAUUUUUGUGUGUGAAACAAACAAGAAAUAAGACAAAAAAACAGAACUUGAGCGUGCAUAACUAUUCACCCCCCCCAAAGUCAAUACUUUGUAGAGACACCUUUUGCAGCAGUUACAGCUGCAAGUCUCUUGGGGUAUGUCUCUAUAAGCUUGGCACAUCUAGCCACUGGGAUUUUUGCCCAUUCUUCAAGGCAAAACUGCUCCAGCUCCUUCAAGUUGGAUGGGUUCCCCUGGUGUACAGCAAUAUUUAAGUCAUACCACAGAUUCUCAAUUGGAUUGAGGUCUGGGCAUUGACUAGGCCAUUCCAAGACAUUUCAAUGUUUCCCCUUAAACCACUCAAGUGUUGCUUUAGCAGUAUGCUUAGGGUCAUUGUCCUGCUGGAAGGUGAACCUCCGUCCCAGUCUCAAAUCUCUGGAAGACUGAAACAGGUUUCUGUCAAGAAUUUCCCUGUAUUUAGCGCCAUCCAUCAUUCCUUCAAUUCUGACCAGUUUCCCAGUCCCUGCCGAUGAAAAACAUCCCCACAGCAUGAUGCUGCCACCACCAUGCUUCACUGUGGGGAUGGUGUUCUCGGGGUGAUGAGAGGUGUUGGGUUUGCGCCAGACAUAGCAUUUUCCUUGAUGGCCAAAAAGCUCAAUUGUAGUCUCAUCUGACCAGAGUACCUUCUUCCAUAUGUUUGGGGAGUCUUCCACAUGGCUUUUGGCGAACACCAAACGUGUCCGUGAGUAUUGGUGGGCGGCCCUCUCUUGGCAGGUUUGUUGUGGUGCCAUAUUCUUUCCAUUUUUUAAUAAUAGAUUUAAUGGUGCUCCGUGGGAUGUUCAAAGUUUCUGAUAUUCUUUUAUAACCCUGUACUUCUCCACAACGUUGUCCCUGACCUGUUUGGAGAGCUCCUUGGUCUACAUGGUGCCGCUUGCUUGUUGGUGCCCCUUGCUUAGUGGUGUUGCAGACUCUGGGGCCUUUCAGAACAGGUGUAUAUAUACUGAGAUCAUGUGACAGAUCAUGUGACACUUAGAUUGCACACAGGUGGACUUUAUUUAACUAAUUAUGUGACUUCUGAAGGUAAUUGGUUGCACCAGAUCUUAUUUAGGGGCUUCAUAGCAAAGAGGGUAAAUACAUAUGCACGCACCACUUUUCCGUAAUUUAUUUUUUAGAAUUUUUUGAAACAAAUAAUUUUUUUGUCUAUUUGUGUAUGUCCAUUACAUGAAAUCCCCCCAAAAAUCCAUUUAAAUUACAGGUUGUAAUGCAACAAAAUAGGAAAGACGCCAAGGGGGAUGAAUACUUUUGCAAGGCACUGUAAUAUACUCCAAUAAUUCCCCACUGUUUAUACACUGUACAUGACAUAUAUACGUAAGCUGUGAAAGGCAAAAGAGUCAGUAGGUAUACUAUCUGAUACCAACCGUGUCUCUCUAGAGAGGUGACACCCCCCUCCACAUUGCCAUCCGUGGGCGGAGCCGGAGACUGGCGGAGCUCCUCCUUCGUAACCCUAAAGAUGGCCGCCUGCUCUACCGGCCCAACAAGGCUGGCGAGACACCCUACAACAUCGACUGCAGCCACCAGAAGAGCAUCCUCACCCAGAUCUUUGGAGCCCGUAAGUUUCCUUACUCUCUGGCAGCUCAGUCACUUUCGCCAGUUAAAUUAAAGGAAAAUUCCACCCAAAAACGAUUUGUUUCAUUAGUCAAUUGACAUAGUCCCAAAAUGUUUUGAUUGUCAGCAAUCAUGUUUUCAAAAUAUGUAACUUUCAAAAUAAAGAAAUCAUCCCCUUAUUAUGCAUUUUUCAAGAUAUGUAACUUUCAAAAUACAGAUUUCUGUAUUUUGAAAGUUACAUACACUGCAGGUCAAAAGUUUUAGAACACCUACUCAUUCAAGGGUUUUUCUUUAUUUUUACUAUUUUCUACAUUGUAGAAUAAUAGUGAAGACAUCAAAACUAUGAAAUAACACAUAUGGAAUCAUGUAGUAACCAAAAAAGUGUUCAACAAAUCAAAAUAUACUUUAUAUUUGAGAUUCUUCAAAUAGCCACCCUUUGCCUUGAUGACAGCUUUGCACACUCUUUGCAUUCUCUCAACCAGCUUCACCUGGAAUGCCUUUCCAACAGUCUUGAAGGAGUUCCCACAUAUGCUGAGCACUUGUUGGCUGCUUUUCCUUCACUCUGCGGUCCGACUCAUCCUAAACCAUCUCAAUUUGGUUGAGGUCAGGGAAUUGUGGAGGCCAGGUCAUCUGAUGCAGCACUCCAUCACUCUCCUUCUUGGUAAAAUAGCCCUUACACAGCCUGGAGGUGUGUUGGGUCAUUGUCCUGUUGAAAAACAAAUGAUAGUCCCACUAAGCCCAAACCAGAUGGGAUGGCGUAUUGCUGCAGAAUGCUGUGGAAGCCAUGCUGGUUAAGUGUGCCUUGAAUUCUACAUAAAUCACAGACAGUGUCACCAGCAAAGCACCCCCACACCAUAACACCUCCUCCUCCAUGCUUUAUGGUGGGAAAUAGACAUGCGGAGAUCAUCCGUUGGAACCAAAAAUCUCCAAUUUGGACUCCAGACCAAAGGACACAUUUCCACCGGUCUAACGUCCAUUGUUCAUGUUUCUUGGCCCAAGCAAGUCUCUUCUUCUUAUUGAUGUCCUUUAGUAGUGGUUUCUUUGCAGCAAUUCGACCAUGAAGGCCUGAUUCACACAGUCUCCUCUGAACAGUUGAUGUCGAAAUGUGUCUGUUACUUGAACUCUGUGAAGCAUUUAUUUGGGCUGCAAUUUCUGAGGCUGGUAACUCUAAUGAACUUAUCCUCCACAGCAGAGGUAACUCUGGGUCUUACAUUCCUGUGGCGGUCCUCAUGAGAGCCAGUUUCAUCAUAGCGCUUGAUGGUUAUUGCGACUGCACUUGAAGAAACUUUCAAAGUUCUUGAAAUGUUCCGUAUUGACUGACCUUCAUGUCUUAAAGUAAUGAUGGACUGUCGUUUCUCUUUGCUUAUUUGAGCUGUUCUUGCCAUAAUAUGGACUUGGUCUUUUACCAAUAGGGCUAUCUUCUGUAUAUCCCCCCUACCUUGUCACAACACAACUGAUUGGCUCAAAUGCAUUAAGAAGGAAAGAAAUUCCACAAAUUAACGUUUAACAAGGCACACCUGUUAAUUGAAAUGCAUUCCAGGUGACUACCUCAUGAAGCUGGUUGAGAGAAUGCCAAGAGUGUGCAAAGCUGUCAUCAAGGCAAAGGGUGGCUAUUUGAAGAAUCUCAAUUAUAAAAUAUAUUUGAUUUGUUUAACACUUUUUGGUUGCUACAUGAUUCCAUAUGUGUUAUUUCAUAGUUUUGAUGUCUUCACUAUUAUUCUACAAUGUAGAAAAUAGUUUUAAAAAAUAAGGAAAAACCCUUGAAUGAGUAGGUGUUCUAAAACCUUUGACCGGUAGUGUAUCUUGAAAAAUGCAUCAUACGGGGAUGAUUUCAUUAUUUUGAAAGUUACAUAUCUUGAAAACUUGAUUGCUGACAAGCAAAACAUUUUGGGACUAUGUCAACAAUGGACUAAUGAAACAAAUUUCAAAAGAUAGUUUUUGGGUGGAGUUUUCCUUUAAUAGUCUAACUGGUAUAACCUUUGUGGUGGACGAUAGUGUGUACAAGAUGUAUAGAAAUUGAAAAAAAAUUGGUACACACAAAUUAAAUGUUCUCCAUCUCGAACUGUGUUGACUAACCUCAUCCUAUCUUUCUAUGUGUCCCUCCCAGGACAUCUGUCCCCUACUGAGUCCGAUGGCGACAUGCUGGGUUAUGACCUGUACAGCAGUGCCCUGGCUGACAUUCUCAGUGAGCCCACCAUGCAGCCGCCCAUCUGUGUGGGCCUGUACGCCCAGUGGGGCAGCGGCAAGUCUUUCCUGCUCAAGAAACUGGAGGGUAAGGCACUAGGCAGUCUGCUUGUCAAGGCUUCACUCACUUCUUUUAAUUUUUUAUAUAUAAUUUUUUUGUAUUUACCCCCUUUUUCUCCCCAAUUUCGUGGUAUCCAAGUGGUAGUUACAGUCUUGUCCCAUCGCUGCAACUCCCGUACGGACACAGGUCGAGAGUCGUGCGUCCUCCGAAACACAACCCAACCGAGCCGCACUGCUUCUUGACACAGUGCCCGCUUAACCCGGAAGCCAGCCGCACCAAUGUGUCGGAGGAAACACUGUACACCUGGCGACCGAGUCAGCGUGCACUGCGCCCGGCCCGCCACAGGAGUCGCUAGUGUGCGAUGGGACAAGAACAUCCCUGCCGGCCAAACCCUCCCCUACCCUGGACGACGCUGGGCCAAUUGUGCGCCACCCAUGGGUCUCCCGGUCGCGGCCGGCUGCGACAGAGCCUGGACUCGAACCAGGAUCUCUAGUGGCACAGUUAGCACUGAGAUGGGCUUCACUCACUUCUAUACAGGAGUCUGAGCGUAUAUGAUACUGCUCAAAUAGAACAGAGCUCAACUGUCAAACAUAAAAAUAAUGAUACAGUGGGGGAAAAAAGGAUUUAGUCAGCCACCAAUUGUGCAAGUUUUCCCACUUAAAAAGAUGAGAGAGGCCUGUAAUUUUCAUCAUAGGUACACGUCAACUAUGACAGACAAAUUGAGAAUUUUUUUUCCAGAAAAUCACAUUGUAGGAUUUUUAAUGAAUUUAUUUGCAAAUUAUGGUGGAAAAUAAUUAUUUGGUCACCUACAAACAAGCAAGAUUUCUGGCUCUCACAGACCUGUAACUUCUUCUUUAAGAGGCUCCUCUGUCCUCCACUCGUUACCUGUAUUAAUGGCACCUGUUUGAACUUGUUAUCAGUAUAAAAGACACCUGUCCACAACCUCAAACAGUCACACUCCAAACUCCACUAUGGCCAAGACCAAAGAGCUGUCAAAGGACACCAGAAACAAAAUUGUAGACCUGCACCAGGCUGGGAAGACUGAAUCUGCAAUAGGUAAGCAGCUUGGUUUGAAGAAAUCAACUGUGGGAGCAAUUAUUAGGAAAUGGAAGACAUACAAGACCACUGAUAAUCUCCCUCGAUCUGGGGCGCAAGAUCUCACCACGUGGGGUCAAAAUGAUCACAAGAACGGUGAGCAAAAAUCCCAGAAACACACGGGGGGACCUAGUGAAUGACCUGCAGAGAGCUGGGACCAAAGUAACAAAGCCUACCAUCAGUAACACACUACGCCGCCAGGGACUCAAAUCCUGCAGUGCCAGACGUGUCCCCCUGCUUAAGCCAGUACAUGUCCAGGCCCGUCUGAAGUUUGCUAGAGUGCAUUUGGAUGAUCCAGAAGAGGAUUGGGAGAAUGUCAUAUGGUCAGAUGAAACCAAAAUAGAACUUUUUGGUAAAAACUCAACUCGUCGUGUUUGCAUCCAAAUAACACCAUACCUACUGUGAAGCAUGGGGGUGGAAACAUCAUGCUUUGGGGCUGUUUUUCUGCAAAGGGACCAGGACGACUGAUCCGUGUAAAGAAAAGAAUGAAUGGGGCCAUGUAUCGUGAGAUUUUGAGUGAAAACCUCCUUCCAUCAGCAAGGGCAUUGAAGAUGAAACGUGGCUGGGUCUUUCAGCAUGACAAUGAUCCCAAACACACCGCCCGGGCAACGAAGGAGUGGCUUCGUAAGAAGCAUUUCAAGGUCCUGGAGUGGCCUAGCCCGUCUCCAGAUCUCAACCCCAUAGAAAAUCUUUGGAGGGAGUUGAAAGUCCGUGUUGCACAGCGACAGCCCCAAAACAUCACUGCUCUAGAGGAGAUCUGCAUGGAGGAAUGGGCCAAAAUACCAGCAACAGUGUGUGAAAACCUUGUGAAGACUUACAGAAAAUGUUUGACCUGUGUCAUUGCCAACAAAGGGUAUAUAACAAAGUAUUGAGAAACUUCUGUUAUUGACCAAAUACUUAUUUUCCACCAUAAUUUGCAAAUACAUUCAUAAAAAAUCCUACAAUAUGAUUUUCUGGAGAAAAAAUCUCAUUUUGUCUGUCAUAGUUGACGUGUACCUAUGAUGAAAAUUACAGGCCUCUCUCAUCUUUUUAAGUGGGAGAACUUGCACAAUUGGUGGCUGACUAAAUACUUUUUUUCCCCACUGUAUGUUAAAAAUAUGUUAUACAUGUUAAUAAUAAGAUAGCUGUUAAGGCCAGGCACCUCACCCUAAUAGGGUAAAAUGUUUUUGUGUUGGAGAACAAAACGUUCUCCAACACAAUCACAAGACUAGAUACAUACAUGUACGUUACAUUCUGUACUUUAACAAUGCAAUAAUACAACCAAACUUCACCAGCAAUGCAAACAACACACAGAUAUAAGUUUUUUUUAUAUUACAAUUUUUUUGAAAUAUUGUAUACAAAUAUACAAAUUAGGUGAUAUCUCAUUAAAUGUGCAUAUUUGCAUAUCACACAAAUCAAUUUUUCUGGACACUGGAUGAAGUCAGCCUAAUUUAAAAUUGUUACAAUUUGUUAAGACACUCCAGGACCGGACUUAUACAUAGCAUAUUGUGGAUAAAUACUUCUUUAUAUCUGUAAAAUACUAAAGAAAGGUACGUAAAAUUCAUUUUUGGCAGAUUUUCAUAUAUAAUAAAAAUUUGACAACAUAUCAACAAUUCCCUAUGUAUAAGUCUGAAGAAUAAGUUUAAGGAUAACCAUGCAACAUGCUUCUGAGGCUGAGAAAGAUGAGUUGGCGUGUGGGUCUGAUUUCCGGGAAAUGGCAGUUAAAGACAAGUACACUGAAUUUAGACUUCCAAAUACCAAACAGCUAUUUAGAUCUCUUCAAAGUAAGUUACUACAUAUAGUCCUGUUUGUUACAUUCUCCAUGAAAUGGGCUUUUAAAUAAUGUGUGAUUCAAUGUAGUGCUUUGAAAUUAUGGAUGUAUGUCAUGAAAUUUUAUGACGUUAAUAUGAUAAACUAACGAAAAUAUACAUUUUCAUCAACUUUUUGACAUUGUUUUUUUAACUUUUUGAAAAAACUAAUAUUAAUGGAAUAAAAUUUAAUUUUUGCCUGUGGUGCCUGGCCUUAAUAUUAACAGAUUAUUUUAUGAGAUACUUGAUUGAACCUACCGUCUCCUAAGUAUCUCACUCCUCCUUUAUCCUCCUUCCAUCUCCUCCCUCUCUUCAGAUGAGAUGAAGACGUUUGCUGGCCAGCAGGUGGAGCCGUUGUUCCAGUUCUCCUGGCUGGUGGUGUUCAUGUCCCUGCUGCUGUGUGGUUCUGUAGCUCUGGUCCUGGGCUUCACCGUCGACCCCAAGCUGGCCAUCGCUGUCUCCCUCAGCCUGCUGGCGCUGCUCUAUGUCUGUUUCGGUGAGACCAUCACUCUGUCCUCCAUUUUCUAUGGUCCAGUAGUCUAGUAGUGCUAUCUGUGAUCUUUGGGACUUUGGGACUUCCCUACCCCAUUUGACGUUGAAAUGUAAAAUGGUUAAGCAAAGGUAAGGGCUAAGGUUAGGUAAGGGUUAUGGUUAAGGUUAAGGUUAGGGUAGGGGUUAAGGUUAGGGUUUCCCAAGGAUCCCAUAGUCUAGUAGCCUAUGCUGCAGAUGAGAAGUUAUUUUCAAGUGACACACUAGAGGGAGGUGUUAUACCAGUAACAACAUUGUAAGAGCUGGUAACACUGUAGUUAUUGAUAGCAGAGAGCUGAGAAAAAUUAUUAAUACUUUUGACUGGACUUAAUGCUUGAAUAAACAGUAUAUUAACACACAUAGCCUAUGCACUAUACUGACUGGUUUACCAAACACUGUUAAUGAUCCAGUUAAGAGAUCAUUCUAACUGUCUGUCUCUCUGUCUUUUCCAAACACUUUCAAUGACACAGUAAGAGUUUGACACAGCAACUCUGUCUGUCUUCCUUUGUUUGUAGUGGUGGUGGCUGUUAAUGAUCCAGUUAGGAGAUAAUUGUAUCCCUCUCUGUGUAGUGGUGGUGUACUUCGGCAGUCGUCGUGAGGGUGAGAACUGGAACUGGGCUUGGGUGAUCAGUACCCGUUUGGCCCAACACAUUGGCUACCUGGAGCUGCUACUCAAACUGAUGUUUGUCAACCCCCCUGACCUGCCAGAGCAGACCACCCGUGCCCUGCCCGUCAGGUACACACACGCACACAUACACAUGUGACCACACUCACUCACACGCAAGCAUGCACGCACACACACACCACCUGUGUCCUGCCCGUCAGAUACACCCCCCCUGCAAAACAAUCACUACCAAACACUUCUCGGCAAUGCCAGGAAUCUACACUACAAUCAAAUGCCACAUUUGGCAAAGUCCUGGGUGUAAUGACACUAAAUAUAGUAUGACUUGGUUUAUCAAUUAUUUGUGAAUUAUUUAUGUAGUGCUUAUGGAGACUUUAGGAAUGCCAUAUAAAGAUAAGUUGUAGUUUGUGUUUGACCGAUUAUUUAAUAUCCACCCCUUCCCUUUACUGUUGCUGCCCUGCAGGUUCCUGUUCACGGACUACAACCGUCUGUCCAGUGUGGGAGGGGAGACCAGCCUGGCAGAGAUGAUAGCCACGCUGUCUGAUGCCUGUGAGAGGGAGUUUGGCUUCAUGGCCACCCGCCUCUUCAGGGUCUUCAAGACAGAGGAAUCACAAGGUAACCAAUGACCAGAAGAAUCACUAGGUAAUGACCACAGGAAUCACUAGGUAAUGACCAGAGGAAUCAUUAGGUAAUGACCAGAGGAAUCACUAGGUAAUGACCAGAGGAAACAUUAGGUAAUGACCAGAGGAAUCACUAGGUAAUGACCAGAGGAAUCACUAGGUAAUGACCAGAGGAAUCACUAGGUAAUGACCAGAGGAAUCAUUAGGUAAUGACCAGAGGAAUCACUAGGUAAUGACCAGAGGAAUCACUAGGUGAUGACCAGAGGAAUCACUAGGUGAUGACCAGAGGAAUCACUAGGUGAUGAACAGAGGAAUCACUGGGUGAUGACCAGAGGAAUCACUAGGUAAUGACCAGAGGAAUCACUGGGUGAUGACCAGAGGAAUCACUAGGUAAUGACCAGAGGAAUCACUAAGUAAUGACCAGAGGAAUCACUAGGUAAUGACCAGAAGAAUCACAAGGUAAUGACCAGAGGAAUCAUUAGGUAAUGACCAGAGGAAUCACUAGGUAAUGACCAGAGGAAUCACUAGGUAAUGACCAGAGGAAUCACUAGGUAAUGACCAGAGGAAUCACUAGUGAUGACCAGAGGAAUCACUAGUGUAAUGACCAGAGGAAUCACUAGGUGGACAGGAAUCACUAGGUAAUGACCAGAGGAAUCACUAGGUAAUGACCAGAGGAAUCACUAGGUAAUGACCAGAGGAAUCACUAGGUAAUGACCAGAGGAGGACAAAUUAGUCAGGUCAGUUUUCUUGAUUGAAUCCCCUUGGGCAAAUGUGUUUGACUUUAAAUCACUGUCGGUCAUUACAUUCAUAAAUACAUAAACCAGAUACUCGGGUGGUUUUCAAUAAGAACUAGGAACAAAGGGCAAUGGGAAUAAAUAUUGUUAUUACACAAGUUUAGUUAGUAGCCUGCCUCCUGCUUCCAAAUGUUUUUAUGCCUACUGUGUACUUUAAAAACAUAUUGUAUUUUAGGGAAGAAGAAGUGGAAGAAGACUUGCUGCAUUCCCUCCUUCGUCAUCUUCGUCUUCAUCCUGGGCUGCCUGAUCACUGGCAUGGCACUCCUCGCCGUCUUCAAGGUGGAUGGGGCCAACCAGACGGUGAAUGCCGUGCUGAUCGCCAUGGCCAGCGCGGUGGGCCUGGCACUGGUGCUCAACUGCCGGACCUGGUGGCAGGUGGCCGACUCGGUGCUCAACUCUCAGAGGAAGAGGCUGCACAGCGCCGCCAACAAGAUGCACAAGCUCAAGAGCGAGGGCUUCAUGAAGGUAGGGAUGGAAGGCGAGUCGUAUAUAUGCGCGCAAUCACUUGGAAACACAUACACACACACACACACACACACACACACACAUACAGCUGUUUGAUGUUUGAUUCCUCCUCUCACCAUAUCACUGGCUUGUAAGGCUGGUAUGGCCUUUCUCACACAUCCUCCUCUCUCUCUCUCUCUCUCUCUCUCUCUCUCUCUCUCUCUCUCUCUCUCUCUCUCUCUCUCCUCCCUCCUCAGGUGUUGAAGAAUGAGGUGGAGCUGAUGGCGAGGAUGGCUAAGACCAUCGAUGGCUUCACUCAGAACCAGACUCGUCUGGCUGUCAUCAUAGACGGUCUGGACUCCUGUGAACAGGACAAAGUACUGCAGAUGCUGGAUACGGUAAGACACAAACACACACACACACACACAUGCAGCACGCGGGCACAUACACACACAAAUGAACACACACACACACACACACACAGUCACAGGGUGAUAGGGUAUACAGUAUCACUCUGAACAGGAACGUAAUGGUUUUGACCAACUGUUUGGACCGUCUCACACUUUGUGUUGCAAAUUUCCGAAGACGAUCUUUCCCAAGAGAGCAAAGAUGACCUAGUUAUACAGUACGUAGUUAUACAUCAGUCACAAAGAUUCCAGAAGCUGUCAUGGUUUUUCUUAUUAUUUACAGUAAUAUAAUUGUCUUUAAUCUAGUAUUUGAGGGGCAUGGUCAUCUGAACCAGCUGUUUCUUGUUUACUAAUUACAUCUUUGGUCUGAGGAAAUAAUGGAUCUUUUAUGCAUGAUGUCUUUGUAAUAAUAAGCACCAUCCCUCAUACGUUUAGAGCAAUUCUUCUAGACAUUUGAUAGCAGUCACAAAAUCUAAUAUUUCAAGGUCUUUUGCACAUUGGGAUAAUGGAGUUAUUAGCUGACUGUGAGCUGUAGCGGAAAGAGUUUUAGAACAAACGAAUAUGCUGUAUCCACCACACACACACACACACACACAUCUUUGUUUCCCACUCACCUCACCAGAACAUACUAAGCAGGCUUCAGUCUGGCUUUAGAUCAGGGCACAGCACCAAAAAUGCAGCUAUGUCAGUGGCAAAUGACAUCAUAAAUGCACUUGAUAAAAAGCAACAUUGUGCUGUUCUGUUUGUUGAUUUAUCAAAGGCAUUUGAUUCAGUUGACCAUGAAUUGUUGCUAGCUAGACUCAGUAACAUUGGUCUCAGUGAAGGGGCAGUAAAUUAUUUUAGGAACUAUCUUUCUGACAGAAAAGUCAGCUUUCUUGAAAUUAAUAGAGGUGUGCCCCAGGGUUCCAUUUUAGCUCCUGUGUUGUUCUGAAUUUUUAUUAAUGAUUUGGGAAAUGGGACGCAACCAGCAAAGUUGCAUCUAUAUGCAGAUAAUACAGUCAUAUAUUCAUGUACUCCUUCUUCGUUCAGGCUGUUGAAAGAGCUCCAGACUGCUUUUCAGUCACUGCAGACCUCCCUUUAUGGUCUCAAACUGGUCUUGAAUGUACAAAAAAACAAAAUUCAUGACCUUUACCAGAGCUCCCACUCAGCCAGAGAAGGUUAGCAUUGUCACAUCUGGUGGCUUAUCCAUUGAAAAAGUGUCAUCCUACAAAUACCUAGGUAUAUGGUUGGAUGGCAAGUUGUCCUUUAAAGUUUAUGGAUAAUCUUGUGAGGAAGCUUAAAAAAUAUAUAUUUUAUUUUUUCUCGUAAUAAGGCUUGCUUCCCGCUUAUGGCUAGAAAGAAGCUUGUUCUCUCUGUAAUUGAUUAUGGUGACUUGUUGUAUUCGCAUGCAGCCUCCUCUGUCUUACAGGGACUGGACACUGUUUAUCAUGCAUCCUUGUGCUUUAUUACAAAUGCCAAGUCACUCACCCACCAUUGCACCUUGUACCAAAUGGUGGGUUGGACCUCACUUUAUAUGCGCAGAAAGCUACAUUUGUAUGUGUUCAUCUACAAAGUCAUUUUUGGUAAACUCCCUCUUUACCUCUGUAGUCUGGUCUCCUUCACCACCAGCGGUUACCAGACCCGGUCUGCUAGGUGGUUGCUACUGUAGUCUGGUCUCCUUCACCACCAGCGGUUACCAGACCCGGUCUGCUAGGUGGUUGCUACUGUAGUCUGGUCUCCUUCACCACCAGCGGUUACCAGACCCGGUCUGCUAGGUGGUUGCUACUGUAUCUGGUCUCCUUCACCACCAGCGGUUACCAGACCCGGUCUGCUAGUGGUUGCUACUGUAGUCUGGUCUCCUUCACCACCAGCGGUUACCAUACCUGGUCUGCUAGGUGGUUGCUACUGUAGUCUGGUCUCCUUCACCACCAGCGGUUACCAGACCCGGUCUGCUAGGUGGUUGCUACUGUAGUCUGGUCUCCUUCACCACCAGCGGUUACCAGACCCGGUCUGCUAGGUGGUUGCUACUGUAGUCUGGUCUCCUUCACCACCAGCGGUUACCAGACCCGGUCUGCUAGGUGGUUGCUACUGUAGUCUGGUCUCCUUCACCACCAGCGGUUUACCAGACCCCGGUCUGCUAGGUGGUUGCUACUGUAGUCUGGUCUCCUUCACCACCAGCGGUUACCAGACCCGGUCUGCUAGGUGGUUGCUACUGUAGUCUGGUCUCCUUCACCACCAGCGGUUACCAGACCCGGUCUGCUAGGUGGUUGCUACUGUAGUCUGGUCUCCUUCACCACCAGCGGUUACCAGACCCCGGUCUGGCUAGGUGGUUGCUACUGUAGUCUGGUCUCCUUCACCACCAGCGGUUACCAGACCCGGUCUGCUAGGUGGUUGCUACUGUAGUCUGGUCUCCUUCACCACCAGCGGUUACCAGACCCGGUCUGCUAGGUGGUUGCUACUGUAGUCUGGUCUCCUUCACCACCAGCGGUUACCAGACCCGGUCUGCUAGGUGGUUGCUACUUAAAGUCCUCAGGACAUUUACAGUAUUAGGCAAGACUGCCUUCUCGUCUUGUGCACCAGGGGCAUGGAAUAGUCUACAACCCAUGCUUCAUCUAGAUAUGUUAGUGCCACGGAAUGAAUUUAAAAUGUUGAUGGGAGACUCUGUUACAGAGGAGUGUAAAUGCUUUUUUUAGGCUGGGAUCAGUGUUGUGCGUGUAUUGGAUUGUAUGUUUUAUUCUGUAAUGUAUUGAUUGUUGCAUGCCUUCCGGGCCAGGUCUCCUUUGAAAAAGAGACUCUGGGUCUCAAUGGGCUUUUCCUGGUUAAAUAAAGGUAAAAAUAAAAUAAAAUAUGUACCCUGUUCUUCUCCUCUCCACCAGGUGAGAGUGCUCUUCUCCAAAGGCCCUUUCCUCUCCAUCUUCGCCAGCAGACCCCCACUCAUCAUCAAGGCCAUCAACCAGAAACCUGAACAGCUUGCUCAGGGGACCCAACACAUCAACGGCAUGGACAAUGAGAAACAUCGCCACUGCCCGUCUUCCUCAACAGCCGGGGGUCUGAGCAGCGCCAGAAAAGAAAACAGAAAAAGAUGUGUGUAGCAGCGCCUGGCUAACGGAGGACACCGGAAACUAAGACGGUAUCAAUACCAUCAGACGGGUAUAAUCCAACCCACGCAGACGGUAAUCCAUACCAUCUAGACGGUAACCAUACCACUCAGACGGUAAUCCAUACCACUCAGACGGUAAUCCAUACCACUCAGACGGUAAUCCAUACCACUCAGACGGUAAUCCAUACCACUCAGACGGUAAUCCAUACCACUCAGACGGUAAUCCAUACCACUCAGGACGGUAAUCCAUACCACUCAGGACGGUAAUGCAUAUCCACUCAACGGUAAUCCAUACCACCCAGAACGGUAAUCCAUACCACCAGACGGAGUCCAUACCCUCAGACGGUAAUUCCAUACCACUCAGGCGGUAAUGCAUACCACUCAGACGGUAAUCCAUACCACUCAGACGGUAAUCCAUACCACUCAGACGGUAAUCCAUACCACUCAGACGGUAAUCCAUACCACUCAGACGGUAAUCCAUACCACUCAGACGGUAAUCCAUACCACUCAGACGGUAGUCCAUACCACUCAGACGGUUAGUCCAUACCACUCAGACGGUAAUCCAUACCACUCAGACGGUAAUCCAUACCACUCAGACGGUAAUCCAUACCACUCAGACGGUAAUCCAUACCACUCAGACGGUAAUCCAUACCACUCAGACGGCAAUCCAUACCACUCAGACGGUAAUCCAUACCACUCAGACGGUAAUCCAUACCACUCAGACGGUAAUCCAUACCACUCAGACGGUAAAGACGGACUCUCACACACACACACACACGCGCCCUGUAUGAAAGGAGACGUAAAAAUCUGAGACCACACACACACACAAACACAUGGGCAUGUACACACAUGAACACACACAUUCAGGCAUACACACACACAAAUGAACACACUCACAUCCACCUUCGCAUUCAGAUAUAUGCAUGUACACCGGCACACACUUAACUGAAUGUGUCAAAUCAUUGGCUAAUAUUAGCUCUGGUUUCUCAUCUCCUGUCUUUGUUGGUCUCUGUGUUCAGGCUGGCAUGAGGAGCUGGACAGGAAGCUAUCCCAGCACAGCAUCGGAGAGAUGACCAAGUUUGGCAGCAAGACAACCCUGAACCGCAGGGUAAGAGAGAGAAGAGUGUGUGUGUGAGUGUGUGAGUGUGUGAGUGUGAGUAUGUAUGUGUAUGUGUGUGAGUGUGAGUGUGAGUGUGUGGCCUGGUGCUUGACCCCAAUCUGGUUGGUUCCCAAAGAGUACAGGCAUAUGGGUCAACACCGCCCGUCACCAACAGUAUCGUCAAAGGACUUCAGAGGUGUCAUCAUUAAAUCAAUAUAAUAACCACACUUCUACACAUUAACAGGCUGUCAUAUGCAGGUGCUUUGAUCCAUUCCCUUUAUAGUGCACAGGGUUUUUUUUUCUGGUCAAAAGUACUGCACUAUAAAGUAAAUAGGGCGCCAUUUGGAAUGCAGCCAGUAACAAGCCAAUAGCUGGAAAUACGCAAUAGGGAAUAACUACAACUUCUGAGUAUUAGGAGCUUUUGACUCAAUUGUGUUUUUAGACCCCAGUGUGACUGUCCAGCUAAUGUGCUCACUGUGACUUUAAUCCAAUGAGGCUUAAUCCAAUCUACUGUCGUUUCUCCCCCACCAAGCCACAUGAUGUGCAGUUUAGUGUGAGUUUAGUGUGAGUGGAACCAGCCUGAUUGCUGCGUUCACCAUUCUAUUCCACUUCACUCAUCAGUCUGGCAUUCCUCAACAUUGAGACUGUUUGACCCUAUGCUAUGUCUGCUCAGCUAUUGGAGAAAGGCCAGACUGAUACGCGCAGUAAAACAGAAUGGUGAACACAGCGAUCAGGCUACUUCCACCCGUCUACUGCCAACACUCCACCUGUAACCUACCCUAACCUUAAAGGGGCCAUCUGCAGUUGCUGCAUCAAUUUUGGAACGAAAUAAUUUAAUGAUAUGUACCCAUUGAUUCUUAAAGAAUAUAACUUAGAAAUGCCUCAUGAGCUUAGUUCAACUGUCGUACCCCAUCAGGACCCAAAAUAACCCAAAAGCGUUUUUUUUAUGCCAAUGUUUGUAAACAACGUAAAUGGAAACAAACUCUGUAUAGCCUCAAAUCAUGGUUAAAACUAUAAUUUUGAUAUCAUGGAUGGUCAGUCCUUGCAUCCAUAGCUCUGUCUAUGCAUUUGAGAGUGGUUACAUUUCUCCAGCCCUAUCCCUCAGCUUUUUACCAAAACAGUAGCGGGGUCACUGCUUUGUUAAAUAACUGCAGAUUGCUCCUUUAACCUUACCCCCCAAGCCCCUCUUAUUCUAAUGAGACCCCAGGUGUUGUGUACUCAAGGAGCUGUACCAAAUCUCAGACCCAAUUUAUCAACUUUUUCUGUUAUUUUCCCAUUUUCUCUAAAUGACCAAUAGUAUGUGGACACCUGCUCGUCAAACAUCUCCUUCCAAAAUCAUGGGCAUUAAUAUGGAGUUGGUCCCCACUUUGCUGCUAUAAUAGCCUCCACUCUUCUGGGAAGGCUUUCCACUAGAUGUUGGAACAUUGCUGCGGGGACUUGCUUCCAUUCAGCCACAAGAGCAUUUGUGAGGUCGGGCACUGAUGUUGGGCGAUUAGGCCUGGCUCGCAAGCGACAUUCCAAUUCAUCCCAAAGGUGUUCGAUGGGGUUGAGGUCAGGGCUCUGUGCAGGCCAGUCAAGUUCUUCCACACUGAUCUCGACAAACCAUUUCUGUAUGGACUUCGCUUUGUGCCCCGGGGCAUUGUCAUGCUGAAACAGGAAAGGGCCUUCCCCAAACUAUUGCCACAAAGUUGGAAGCACAGAAUCGUCUAGAAUGACUUUGUAUGCUGUAGCGUUAAGAUUUCCCUUCACUGGAACUAAGGGGACUAGCCCGAACCAUGAAAAACAGCCCCAGACCAUUAUUCCUCCUCCACCAAACUUUACAGUUGGCACUACGCAUCCGUCGGACUGCCAUAUGGUGAAGCGUGAUUCAUCCCUCCAGAGAACGCGUUUCCACUGCUCCAAUGGCAGCUAGCUUUACACCACUCCAGCCGACGCUUGGCAUUGCGCAUGGUGAUCUUAAGCUUGCAUGUGGCUGCUCGGCCAUGGAAACCCAUUUCAUGAAGCUCCCGACAAACAGUUAUUGUGCUGAUGUUCCUUCCAGAGGCAGUUUGGAACUCGGUAGUGAGUGUUGCAACAGAGGUCAGAUGAUUUUUACGCACUUCAGCACUCGGCGGUCCCGUUCUGUGAGCUUGUGUGACCUACCACUUCGAGGCUGAGCCGUUGUUGCUCCUAGACGUUUCCACUUCACAAUAACAGCACUUACAAUUGACCGCGGCAGCUCUAGCAGGGCAGACAUUUUACUAACUGACUUGUUGGAAAGGUGGCAUCAUAUGACGGUGCCACGUUGAAAGUCACAAGCCUAAGAUCACCAUGCGCAAUGCCUAAAAAUUGUCAAAGACUCCAGCCACCCUAGUCACAGACUGUUCUCUCUGCUACCGCAUGGCAAGCGGUACCGGAGCGCCAAGUCUAGGUCCAAAAGGCUUCUUAACAGCAUCUACCCCCAAGCCAUAAGACUCCUGAACAGCUAAUCAUGGCUACCCGGACUAUUUGCAUUGUCAUCUAUUUUUUACUUAACACUUAUUUUUCUUAAAACUGCAUUGUUGGUUAAGGGCUUGUAAGUAAGUAUUUCACUGUAAGGUCUACACCUGUUGUAUUCGGCACAUGUGGCAAAUACAAUUUGAUUUGAUUUGAGCUCUUCAGUAAGGCCAUUCUACUGCCAAUGUUUGUCUAUGGAGAUUGCAUGGCUGUGUGCUCGAUUUUAUACACCUGUCAGCAAUGGGUGUGGCUGAAAUAGCCAAAUCCACUAAUUUGAAGGGGGGUACAAAUACUUUUGAAUAUAUAGUGUAUAUAUACACUGAACAAAAAUAUAAACGCAACAUGAAGAAACUAUCUGCAUGGGAAUCCACAGUAGAUUUUGUGGUCAUUUUCAGAAGUUUUUUUUAUUAAAGUGAUCAAUUCUCGCUCGACAGCUUCACCUGGAAUGCUUUUCCAACAGUCUUGAAGGAGUUCCCACAUAUGCUGAGCACUUGUUAGCUGCUUUUCCUUCACUCUGCCAUCCGACUCAUCCCAAACCAUCUCAAUUUGGUUGAGUUUGGGGGAUUGUGGAGGCCAGGUCAUCUGAUGCAGCACUCCAUCACUCUCUUCUUGGUAAAAUAGCCCUUACACAGCCUGAAGGUGUGUUGGGUCAUUGUCCUGUUGAAAAACAAAUGAUAGUCCCACUAAGCCCAAACCAGAUGGGAUGGCGUAUCGCUGCAGAAUGCUGUGGUAGCCAUGCUGGUUAAGUGUGCCUUGAAUUCUAAAUAAAUCACAGACAGUGUCACCAGCAAAGCACCCCUACACCAUAACACCUCCUUCUCCAUGCUUUACGGUGGGAACUACACAUGCAGAGAUAAUCCGUUCACCCACACCGCGUCUCACAAAGACACAGCGGUUGGAACCAAAGAUCUCCAAUUUGGAGUCCAGACCAAAGGACAGAUUUCCACCUGUCUAAUGUCCAUUGCUCGUGUUUCUUGGCCCAAGCAGGUCUCUUCUUCUUAUUGGAGUCAUUUAGUAGUGGUUUCUUUGAAGCAAUUCGACCAUGAAAGCCUGAUUCACACAGUCCCCUCUGAACAUUUGAUGUUGAGAUGUGUCUAUGACUUGCUCUGUGAAGCAUUUAUUUUCUGAGGCAGGUAACUCUAAUGAACUUAACCUCUGCAGCAGAGGUAACUCUGGGUCUUUCAUUCCUGUGGCGGUCUUCAUGAGAGCCAGUUUCAUCAUAGCGCUUGAUGGUUUUUGCGACUGCACUUAAAGAAACUUUAAAAGUUCUUGAAAUGUUCCGUAUUGACUGACCUUCAUGUCUUAAAGUAAUGAUAGAUUGUAAUUUCUCUUUGCUUAUUUGAGCUGAGUCUUUUACCAAAUAGGGCUAUCUUCUGUGUACAACCCAACUGAUUUGCUCAAACGCUUUAAGAAGGAAAGAAAUUCCACAAAUGAACUUUUAAGAAGUCACACCUGUUAAUUUGAAUGCAUUCCAGGGGACUACCUCAUGAAGCUGGUUGAGAGAAUGCCAAGAGUGUGCAAAGUUGUCAUCAAGGCAAAGGGUGGCUAUUUGAAGAAUCUCAAAUAUAAAAUAUAUUUUGAUUUGUAUAAAACUUUUUUGGUUACUACAUGAUUCCAUAUGUGUUAUUUCAUAGUUUUGAUGUCUUCACUAUUAUUCUACAAUGUAAAAAAUUAAGAAAAACCCUUGAAUGAGUAGGUGUUUCCAAACUUUUGACUGGUACUGUAUAUAUUAUACACAUUUUAAAAAACAGCGCCCCUUGUGUGCAGUUCCGGUAAUACCGUAUACCCCGGUAUGGUACAGAAAUGGUAUGACGGUAUGAAAAUCUGGAUACCACCCAACCGUAUCUCUGUGCAUAGGACACGUACCGGCGGCGUCAGAUGCAGAGGACGGUGACACGGCAGAUGUCCUUUGACCUGAGCAAGCUGCUGGUGACAGAAGACUGGUUCAGUGACAUCAGCCCCCAGACCAUGAGGAGGCUGCUCAACAUCGUCUCUGUCACAGGUGGGUCACACACACCCAUGUUUACUCGCGCGUCACACACACACAUAUGGACACACCUACACAUGCACAACCACGUGCGCCCAUAUACUCAUGCACACGCGCACACACACACAGACACACACACACACUAGAGGUCUUCACAGAUCUACCCGAACCCGAUUACCCAAGAUCCGAACAGGUCGGAUCCAAAAUUCUGUUGUUGACCCUCGGAUCCCGUGUCGGAUCACGCUCGGUGGCCAUGGACCUCGAAUUUGUCUGAAAAUAUGUGAAAUAUCAACCAGAUCUGAAAUUAUAUUUGAAGAAGAAAAUAUCCUGAUGAAAAUAAAUAUCCUCAAUAAAUCACAUUUGCUAUGCAUGGCAUUUGGUUCAGUCAAUAGAAUUCAUCUUUCUCCGCCUGUCUGCGGCUCUCUGUCUGGCUUGUGCUCUUGUUAUAGCGAACUUGCAACAUUGUUUCAACUGGGCCCAAACUGUUUCCCAGACACAGCUGUUCAGGUAGCCUAUUUUAUGACUUUCCACUGGAGAUAUGGGAUCAGCAAUAUGUUGCUAUUUCACACCGAGGCGCGGAGGUUACUUAAGUCCAUCGAUAAGGAGAGUGUUGGAAAGAUUUUUCUAAUACAGUGAGGAACUAUUGUCAUUCGCAGUGGAUGUACAACACUCUGUUGGCUUUCUGUGUGAGGUGACAAAAAAACACUUUGAGAAGCUCUGCAGUUCAUAAGAAGUGGUGAGUUAAGACAAUCAUAAAUAGGCUACUAUCAGACAUGCCCAAAUGGGAACUUCUAUAGGCCUACAUUUGCGCACAGGCCAGGUACUUCUAUGCAUGCUCAAGCAAAAUAUAUAAAACAAUAGACAUUAACAAACAAUUCACACAAUGAAACAAUGAAUGCGCACAAAGCACAUUCUGGAGAGAGAUGCGCCUAUAGUGCGUUUUCGCCACACACCCCUUCCCUUCUUGUAUCGACAUUUUAAAUUAGAGAUGUCAUUUAUGAAAAUCCUAAGCUAACACACACACGCUUUGUUUACCACAAGUUUACUGACUGAGUUUACAAUGGGACCGUACAGAUUAUGGAUGGAUUUAGUUGAGGAAUGCACAUUAGUUCUGUCCAGUCUGACUUACACAAUGCUGGUCUGUCUAUAGGUCGUCUGCUGAGGGCAAAUCAGAUUACGUUUAACUGGGACCGCCUGGCAUCGUGGAUCAACCUUACUGAGACGUGGCCGUACAGGACCUCCUGGCUCAUCUUGUUCCUAGAGGAGACUGACGGCAUCCCUGACCAGGCCGCCCUCAAGACUAUCUAUGAGAGGUAAUGUAGAGACCCUGUAAAACUACAUCCAAGACCAUCUAGCAGAGGUAAUAUACUGUAGUCCCCCUCUACCCACCUAAAACUGUGCCACCCUCAAGACCAUCUACCAGAGGUAAUGUAGGUUCCUAACCCCCUUUCCCGACCUUAAAAGGUCUUCUUAAAACACCUGUCCUAAUUAUAGAACAUUGGAACUGUUUAGUUGCAUGAGAGGAUUUUAUUUAAUUUUGAAGGAUCUGUCUGAAAAUGUGAGGCCAAAGAAUAACUACAUUUUCACAAAAAGACACAAGUGGAAAAGUUAUUAUUGAAGAAAUAAUAAAUUAACUUAAUCAACUCCCACUGAUCCAUUGAGAGAGGAUUGUUUUGAAUUACUAAUCUUCAAACUAAUAGUCUUAAAACUAACAGUUGAACGUUAUUGAAGAUGAUUGUGUCCUUAAUGGCACCCUAUUCCCUAUAUAGUGCACUACUUUAGACCAGGACCAAUACUAUUCCCUAUAUAGUGCACUACGUUAGACCAGGACCAAUACUAUUCCCUAUAUAGUGCACUACCUUUGACCAAGGCCAAUACUAUUCCCUAUAUAGUGCACUACUUUUGACCAAGGCCCUUAGGGCUCUGGUCAAAAGUAGUGCACUAUAUAGGGAACAGGGUGCCAUUUGGAACACAGACACAGACUCUGACGUUAUGAAACAGUCUGAUUAGUCACUGGGCAAUAAGGAUUAGUUUAAUUGGUUGAAUCCUCAUUAUAAUUGCGUCCCAUUGGUUGGGUUAUUGUAUUUUAAUGUCAAUUACAUGACGUAUGUUCUAUUCACGUUUUUGUCCCUGAAUGAUUUAAAUUUCCUUCAUUGUCACUCCAAAUACAAUAUUAUGUCAUUCAAAAGACUCCAUGAAGCUCCCCGUUUUUGGAUAAAGAUAUAUUUUAUGUUUUAUAUAUCUUUUUGUUUUUAAAUGUUUUUGUUGGUCAGCUGUGAAAAAUGUCAAACUAAAGAAGCAACCUUUCAGUCUGGAAGAGCUAUAGCUCUUUCCUCGCCUGUCUUCAUUAGGCUUCAGUCUUACAAAGAUGGGUUUGUAAUGGCUUUUUGAACUUUUAUCUCUGGUGUUUUAGGAUCUCCAAGAACAUUCCCACCACUAAAGACGUGGAGCCCCUGUUGGAGAUUGACGGGGACGUGCGUAGCUUCGAGGUGUUCCUCUCCUCCCGUACACCCGUCCUCAACGCGCGCGACAUCAAAACCUUCCUACCCUGCACCGUCAACCUCGACCCCAAACUACGAGAGAUCAUUGCAGGUGAGGGAGAGCAUAUUUGUGUUUGUGUCUCCAAAUAAUCAGGGUUCCAAUACGUUUUGGAAAUAUGCAUCCAUUCUCUUUCCAACUUGAAUAACAACUUGCAGAUUUUGGGAUGUAUAACGAAUUUGUCAGAUGGGUUAAUGUCAAUAUUUUAGACGGAGUUAAACGACUGAUUUCAACUAUUUUUAUUGAAACUCUUUCAAUGUAUCUAUGUUUGCAUUCCUCUCCCCAGCCGUGCAUGCUGCAGGUCAGGGGGGGCAUAGCUAGCUGUGUCUGUGUCAAAUAAGUAGGGUUCCACAGUCAGUCCAAAACCUUUUGUCGAUAUGAUGUAGGCAAGUACAACUGUUGGCUUUUGGAUGUCAUUACAGUUAAGUCAUAUGGUUUAAUGUCCAUACGUGCAGAUCCAACUUUUCUUCCAGACUUAUUUUUUUACUACCUUUAAUGACAAAUGUAUCUUUGCCUGUCUGUCUCCCUCUUCUCUCCCCCCAGAUGUGCGGGCUGCCAGGGAGCAGAUGAGCAUCAGAGCAGGGACCUAUCCCAGCCUGCCCCUGCAGGAAGCCGCUCCCCGCCCCACCUCAGUCUACAGCCAGCAGUCAGGCAUGUCCGCCUGCCCUCCCUCCACCUCCUUCAACGGGCCCUUCAACCCCCCAGGGCUGCUGUCCCCACCGCCCCACAGCAGCAACUACAGUGGUAUGGCUGGCCCCCAGCACCCCUUCUAUAACAGGGUGAGUGUAUUAGAAAGAACACCCUCAUGUCGCCAAGAACAUUGUUAUUCCAUAUAGGACUGAGAAGGGCCUAGCUCCAAACGUAAAUCGUCUGGCUCUAGGUCUAUAUCGUGUCAGUUAACUCAUUCAGUCGUAUGCUGCCAGGUAAGCGAUCACUGACGGCCUCUGCAACAAAACAAAGGGCUUUGAACCUCGACACGUUCCUUUGCCUACAUUUACCACCACCCUUUCAGUCAUUUUUAUGUUAUCGUCCCCCUUCUCACUUUGCUGGACACUUCUGGUUUAUAAUUUACAGAGCUGUCCUGUUAUUGAUAGUUCCCAUUUAAGUUGAAGUCUCUGCUGUAACAUGAUGAGGUGUUUGUACUGUGUGACCUCUUGUUUGUACGUAGAUACAUACAUACUUACAGUGUAUUUGACAUGCUGUGACUGUUUAAUUUGCUUCAGUCUCUAUCUCAUAAUGUCUCAUAAUCAGGCACCUCACUCAUUGUUACGCUGGUUUCAUAUUUAAGUGUUGUAUUUAUUUUACCCCAUGUUAAACGUGUUUCCUUUCUCCUGGUAUUCCCCUCCCUCCAGCCAUAUUUCCCCCAUCAUGUUUAUCAGCUGCCACGCCAUUACGUGGGCAGUUUCCCUGUUCAUGCUCCUCCACCACGCCCAUUCCCACUUAAAAGUGGCUAUCCCUGGGAUCCGAGCAGUGGACUCGUAAGUAUUAGAGUAUUAGACCUAGUGCGAGGUAGUGCAUAGAGAUAGUUAAUCUAAAAUGGAUGUAUAACCAUGUUAUAGAUAGAGAAAGUAUUGUCAUUAGCUUAUACAGUGGGGGAAAAAAGUAUUUAGUCAGCCACCAAUUGUGCAAGUUCUCCCACUUAAAAAGAUGAGAGAGGCCUGUAAUUUUCAUCAUAGGUACACGUCAACUAUGACAGACAAAAUGAGAAGAAAAAAAUCCAGAAAAUCACAUUGUAGGAUUUUUAAUGAAUUUAUUUGCAAAUUAUGGUGGAAAAUAAGUAUUUGGUCAAUAACAAAAGUUUCUCAAUACUUAGUUAUAUACCCUUUGUUGGCAAUGACACAGGUCAAACGUUUUCUGUAAGUCUUCACAAGGUUUUCACACACUGUUGCUGGUAUUUUGGCCCAUUCCUCCAUGCAGAUCUCCUCUAGAGCAGUGAUGUUUUGGGGCUGUCGCUGGGCAACACGGACUUUCAACUCCCUCCUAAGAUUUUCUAUGGGGUUGAGAUCUGGAGACUGGCUAGGCCACUCCAGGACCUUGAAAUGCUUCUUACGAAGCCACUCCUUUGUUGCCCGGGCGGUGUGUUUGGGAUCAUUGUCAGGCUGAAAGACCCAGCCACGUUUCAUCUUCAAUGCCCUUGCUGAUGGAAGGAGGUUUUCACUCAAAAUCUCACGAUACAUGGCCCCAUUCAUUCUUUCCUUUACACGGAUCAGUCGUCCUGGUCCCUUUGCAGAAAAACAGCCCCAAAGCAUGAUGUUUCCACCCCCAUGCUUCACAGUAGGUAUGGUGUUCUUUGGAUGCAACUCAGCAUUCUUUGUCCUCCAAACACGACGAGUUGAGUUUUUACCAAAAAGUUCUAUUUUGGUUUCAUCUGACCAUAUGACAUUCUCCCAAUCCUCUUCUGGAUCAUCCAAAUGCACUCUAGCAAACUUCAGACGGGCCUGGACAUGUACUGGCUUAAGCAGGGGGACACGUCUCGCACUGCAGGAUUUGAGUCCCUGGCGGCGUAGUGUGUUACUGAUGGUAGGCUUUGUUACUUUGGUCCCAGCUCUCUGCAGGUCAUUCACUAGGUCCCCCCGUGUGGUUCUGGGAUUUUUGCUCACCGUUCUUGUGAUCAUUUUGACCCCACGGGGUGAGAUCUUGCGUGGAGCCCCAGAUCGAGGGAGAUUAUCAGUGGUCUUGUAUGUCUUCCAUUUCCUAAUAAUUGCUCCCACAGUUGAUUUCUUCAAACCAAGCUGCUUACCUAUUGCAGAUUCAGUCUUCCCAGCCUGGUGCAGGUCUACAAUUUUGUUUCUGGUGUCCUUUGACAGCUCUUUGGUCUUGGCCAUAGUGGAGUUUGGAGUGUGACUGUUUGAGGUUGUGGACAGGUGUCUUUUAUACUGAUAACAAGUUCAAACAGGUGCCAUUAAUACAGGUAACGAGUGGACGACAGAGGAGCCUCUUAAAGAAGAAGUUACAGGUCUGUGAGAGCCAGAAAUCUUGCUUGUUUGUAGGUAACCAAAUACUUAUUUUCCACCAUAAUUUGCAAAUAAAUUCAUUAAAAAUCCUACAAUGUGAUUUUCUGGAUUUCUUUUUCUCAAUUUGUCUGUCAUAAUUGACGUGUACCUAUGAUGAAAAUUACAGGCCUCUCUCAUCUUUUUAAGUGGGAGAACUUGCACAAUUGGUGACUAAAUACUUUUUUCCCCCACUGUAUAUGUUUGUUUGAGCCUUCUGAUUGGGAUUCUAACAGAGAUGUUCAUUUCACGAGAUAACACACCCCCUAUUGCAAAAACAUGCUUCCGCUCUCCCUUUCUCCCCCCCCCACACACACACACACACACGCACACACACACACACACACACACACACACACACACACACACACACCACACAUACAACACACACACACACACACACCACACACACCACACACACAACACACACACACAACACACACAACACACAACACACACACACACAACACACACACAACACACACACACACAACACACACACACACACACAACACACACACACACACACACACAGGGUUCUAAUGUGCAACCUAUUUGGUCUCAUAUCCGACAAAAUAUAUUUCUGUGCGACCAGGAGUUUUAUUUUGAAAGCACUGUGCGACUAGGAAACAAAUCUCCCAGAUAAUAAUUGUUGUAGUGAUAAGGCUUCGCUGUACCGUUGUUUACGAGUGCCCUAGAGAAAAAAGCUGAUUCGAUAGGGUCAUGGUUGCACCAAUACUACAGCGAAAAUGGUUUGCUUCUAGCUCAACAAGGUCAAAAGAUCUGACCCAUAUUACCGACGCAACAUUUUUAUCUAUAGCGGAUCGCCGGGACCGCUUUUUAAGUUUAUAAACCUUGUCCUAGGCUGUUCUAAAACUACUCACGCGUUAACCACUUGUUUACACUUUGUUCAGUCAUGUUACCUCAUUGGCUAGCUAGCUAACAACCUGGUAACUUUACCAGUAUAUCCAAACAUUUGGCGGACAGAAAGAAAGGAAAAGGGAUAUCUUCUUCAGGAGAUCACUGAUCAUAGCAAUGAAUGAAUUACAGAUCUCUUGCAUGUUGUCAUCACAAAUCUGACGUUUGUAAAGAGACAGUGUACAAUUUUCAAUCUAAUGCAUCUCAAUAGGAAAAUAGUGCUUUUACACAAUGUAGAAACCUAAUAUUCCACAAAUUGUAACAAUGACUGUUAUUCGUAUAAACAUUUUAGCUUUUAUAAUAACCUAAUGUCUUUACAGCGUUACAUAUUAGUUUCUAGGGCACAACAUGCUUCAAAGGUAUCUAGAAUUCAUAUACAGUGGGGAGAACAAGUAUUUGAUACAAUGCCGAUUUUGCAGGUUUUCCUACUUACAAAGCAUGUAGAGGUCUGUAAUUUUUAUCAUAGGUACACUUCAACUGUGAGAGACGGAAUCUAAAACAAAAAUCCAGAAAAUCAUAUUGUAUGAUUUUUAAGUAAUUAAUUUGCAUUUUAUUGCAAAUUAGUAUUUGAUCACCUACCAACCAGUAAGAAUUCCGGAUCUCACAGACCUGUUAGUUUUUCUUUAAGAAGCCCUCCUGUUCUCCACUCAUUACCUGUAUUAACUGCACCUGUUUGAACUCGUUACCUGUAUAAAAGACACCUGUCCACACACUCAAUCAAACAGACUCCAACCUCUCCACAAUGGCCAGAGAGCUGUGUAAGGAUAUCAGGGAUGAAAUUGUAGACCUGCACAAGGCUGGGAUGGGCUACAGGACAAUAGGCAACCAGCUUGGUGAGAAGUCAACAACUGUUGGCGCAAUUAUUAGAAAAUGGAAGAAGUUCAAGAUGACGGUCAAUCACCCUCGGUCUGGGGCUCCAUGCAAGAUCUCACCUCGUGGAGCAUCAAUGAUCAUGAGGAAGGUGAGGGAUCAGCCCAGAACUACACGGCAGGACCUGGUCAAUGACCUGAAGAGAGCUGGGACCACAGUCUCAAAGAAAACCAUUAGUAACACACUACGCCGUCAUGGAUUAAAAUCCUGCAGCGCACGCAAGGUCCCCCUGCUCAAGCCAGCGCAUGUCCAGGCCCGUCUGAAGUUUGCCAAUGACCAUCUGGAUGAUCCAGAGGAGGAAUGGGAGAAGGUCAUGUGGUCUGAUGAGACAAAAAUAGAGCUUUUUGGUCUAAACUCCACUCGCCGUGUUUGGAGGAAGAAGAAGGAUGAGUACAACCCCAAGAACACCAUCCCAACCGUGAAGCAUGGAGGUGGAAACAUCAUUCUUUGGGGAUGCUUUUCUGCAAAGGGGACAGGACGACUGCACCGUAUUGAGGGGAGGAUGGAUGGGGCCAUGUAUCGCGAGAUCUUGGCCAACAACCUCCUUCCCUCAGUAAGAGCAUUGAAGAUGGGUCGUGGCUGGGUCUUCCAGCAUGACAACGACCCGAAACACACAGCCAGGGCAACUAAGGAGUGGCUCCGUAAGAAGCAUCUCAAGGUCCUGGAGUGGCCUAGCCAGUCUCCAGACCUGAACCCAAUAGAAAAUCUUUGGAGGGAGCUGAAAGUCUGUAUUGCCCAGCGACAGCCCCGAAACCUGAAGGAUCUGGAGAAGGUCUGAAUGGAGGAGUGGGCCAAAAUCCCUGCUGCAUUGUGUGCAAACCUGGUCAAGACCUACAGGAAACGUAUGAUCUCUGUAAUUGCAAACAAAGGUUUCUGUACCAAAUAUUAUGCUCUGCUUUUCUGAUGUAUCAAAUACUUAUGUCAUGCAAUAAAAUGCAAAUUAAUUACUUAAAAAUCAUACAAUGUGAUUUUCUGGAUUUUUGUUUUAGAUUCUGUCUCUCACAGUUGAAGUGUACCUAUGAUAAAAAUUACAGACCUCUACAUGCUUUGUAAGUAGGAAAACCUGCAAAAUCAGCAGUGUAUCAAAUACUUGUUCUCCCCACUGUAGGCCCAACAUAGGCUGUAUCUCAAUCAAUUACAAAUAUUAUUUCUGGUGCUCCUAGAUUUCAUGUGGUGAGCCUAACUUUUAUAAAUUGGGAGCACCAAUGCUACCAAUGAACAUUUUUCAUUUAGAGCCCUACACACAUACACACAAACAGAAACUAGAAACACAGAAACAUUGACCCUGCUACUUCAGCAUCCAACUGUCUUAAAAAACACUGAACGCUGCAGAGACGUCAAAAACAUUAUUCUCAUCCUCACAAUGAUGGCAUGCCCUCUCUCUCUCUCCACUCUCUCUCUCUCUGCUCUCUCUCUCACUCUCUCCCUCUCUCUCUCCACUCUCUCUACUCUCUCUCCACUCUAUUUCUCUCUACUCUGUCUCUCACUCUCUCCACUCUCUCUCCACUCUCUCUCCUCUAUAUCUCUCUCACUACACUCUCUCCACUCUCUCCCUCUCUCUCUCCACUCUUUCUAUCCACUCUCUCUCCCUCUACUCUCUCUAUUGCUCUCUCUCCACUCUCUCCACUCUCUCUCCACUCUCUCUCCUCUAUCUCUCUCUCUCCACUCUCUGCACUCUCUCCACUCUGUCCCUCUCCACUCUCUCUCGCUCUACUCUCUCUCUCUGCACUCUCUCUCUCUCUCUCUCUCUCUCUAUUUCCUGUCUUGAAGAAAUGUCUGUCUCCCUAAUGUUUUUUUCUCCUCUAAGACGAUGAUGUUGUCAUCUGUGUGUCUUUCUAAUGUUCUCUCCUCACAUCCCUCUCUGAUGAAGAUCUGCUGUAGCCACUCCCUCCUCACCUUUCCAUCUGUUUCUUUCCACCUCUCAUUCUCUCCUCCCUCCAAGCAGUUUAAGGUACCGUCUUUGAAAAAGAAGCAGGUACUGAACCCAUUCUGAUUUUGUUCCUAACUCCGGCUUUUUACUCCGGCCACUAAUAUUGCUUUCCUCCUAACUAUAACCCCCUUCAGAAGUGAUCUGACCUCUGUAAUCCCAUCAUGCACCUUGGGAACUCUAGCCCACUCUCUUGAAUGGGAACUAGGAGUUACAGGCAUGCUACACUGGAGUAAUAACUUUUGCCGAGCGUGAGACGCUCCCAUUCAUGUCAAUGAAACCUGGGCGUAAGUGGUGCGGCUCAGCGUAAAAUUACGCUCUGGUUCUAUUCAUUUUUUAUCAUGUGCAGCUCACACCUGAGAACACUUGAUACAGUGUUCUGCUCACGCCGGCAAAAGCUAUGCAUCCAGUAUAGUAGCUAAAAACCGACAGUUUUAGUGACACUCUAGUGUAGCUUCCUCGUUAGGACGGGAAGUGAUGUAGAUACUAGAUGCUACAAGGCCACUGACUAGUGAAAUCUUUGAUCUGCUCAUCAUAGUGCUUCUGUCAUACUAUUUAAGACCUAUUUACAAUUAGAUGUUUUGCAACUUUUUAAGAUACAUUGUAGAUUUGCAACACUUGUACAAUACUCUAUAAACAUUUCCAACAUUUGAUUUUGUCUGGCCCUUCUAGCUGAACUCCUCUCCUUACCCAAACCCUCAUACACUCCACCCUCUCUCACCUCAUCAAAAAAAUGUUUUACCAUACAGUAUUAUCUCAUCCACUCACUGACAACGUUUGGUUUGGACCUAAUGCCGUGACAACCUCUAUUAACCCCAUUGUCUUACUGUACUCACCCUUAGGAUAGCUCCACUCUCAUCAUCAACCCAUUGUAGAUUAAAUCAUAUUGUAGUUUUCUCAUACCUACUGAUGGAUUAUGUAACCUACGUUCUUUUCAUGUUGCUCUCCCCUUUCACUGGGCUUUCCUGUCUUUUCAUGUUGCUCUCCCCUUUCACUGGGCCUUCCUGUCUUUUCAUGUUGCUCUCCCCUUUCACUGGGCCUUCCUGUCUUUUCAUGUUGCUCUCCCCUUUCACUGGGCCUUCCUGUCUUUUCAUGUUGCUCUCCCCUUUCACUGGGCCUUCCUGUCUUUUCAUGUUGCUCUCCCCUUUCACUGGGCCUUCCUGUCUUUUCAUGUUGCUCUCCCCUUUCACUGGGCCUUCCUGUCUUUUCAUGUUGCUCUCCCCUUUCACUGGGUCUUCCUGUCUUUUCAUGUUGCUCUCCCCUUUCACUGGGCCUUCCUGUAUUACCUUUGCAGAUUUCAACGGUGUUUCAGCAUGGAAUUCCAAUUCUAUUUUAUUUUGUAUCAAUACAUUUCUACUCAAAACGGCAGAGGUUACUAUUGAUGAAUACUUUGAGAAAUGUAAUCUUGACCUCCAUUAAAUGUAGCCAUACUGUAUUAACCAAUAAGCCAUGUUUUUCCUGUUGGUUGAAUCCUCUAUCUGGUCAUUGACGGUGUGUUCUGGACCUGGUUGUGUGUUGUGUGUGUGUGUGUGUGUGUCAGGGUUCAGCCUCUGUGGUGUCGGGCACCCCAGCCAUCCUCCUGAGCUCCAUGAACACAGACGCAGUGUGUGAACGUGUCAAACAGAUCGAGGGUAUCGACCAGAGCAUGCUGACCCAGUACACUGCCACCAUUAAGAAGGUGAGCUGAGAGAGAGAGAUCUCUAUCAUUAACCUCCUCUGUCUCUAUCAUUAACCUCCUCUGUCUCUACCAUUAACCUCCUCUCUCUCUAUCAUUAACCUCCUCUCUCUCUAUCAUUAACCUCCUCUGUCUCUAUCAUUAACCUCCUCUCUCUCUAUCAUUAACCUCCUCUCUCUCUAUCAUUAAUCUCCGCUCGCUACCAUUAACCUCCUCUCUGUCUCUACCAUUAACCUCUCUCGCUACCAUUAACCUCCUCUCUCUAUCAUUAACCUCCUCUCUGUCUCUACCAUUAAUCUCCUCUCUGUCUCUACCAUUAACCUCCUCUCUGUCUCUACCAUUAACCUCCUCUCUGUCUCUACCAUUAACCUCCUCUCGCUCUCUCUACCAUUAACCUCCUCUCUGUCUCUACCAUUAACCUCUCUCGCUACCAUUAACCUCCUCUCUGUCUCUACCAUUAACCUCCUCUCGCUCUCUCUACCAUUAACCUCCUCUCUGUCUCUACCAUUAACCUCUCUCGCUACCAUUAACCUCCUCUCUCUCUAUCAUUAACCUCCUCUCUCUAUCAUUAACCUCCUCUCUGUCUCUACCAUUAAUCUCCUCUCUGUCUCUACCAUUAACCUCCUCUCUGUCUCUAUCAUUAACCUCCUCUCUGUCUACCAUUGUCACGUUCGUUCAAUGACGGGUCGGACCAAGGCGCAGCGUGAUAUGCAUACAUGUUUAUUUUAACUUAUAAACAACGACAAAACAAUAAACCAACGAAACAUGACAUCCAAAGGUAACACACAACAAACCUCACACGGAACAAGAUCCCACAACCCACUAGUGCCAAUAGGCUACCUAAGUAUUGUCCCCAAUCAGAGACAAUGAGCGACAGCUGCCUCUGAUUGGGAACCACACCGGCCAACAUAGAUCUAGACAUACUAGAUAGAAAACAUAGAACUACACAUCAUAGAAUAUACACACCCUGACUCAACAAAUAAACGUCCCCUGAGUCAGGGCGUGACAACCAUUAACCUCCUCUCUGUCUCUAUCAUUAACCUCUCUCUAUCAUUAACCUCUGUCUCUACCAUUAACCUCUGUCUCUACCAUUAACCUCCUCUCUGUCUCUACCAUUAACCUCCUCUCUGUCUCUAUCAUUAACCUCCUCUCUAUCAUUAACCUCUCUCUACCAUUAACCUCCUCUCUGUUUCUACCAUUAACCUCCUCUCUGUCUCUAUCAUUAACCUCUGUCUCUACCAUUAACCUCCUCUCUGUCUCUACCAUUAACCUCCUCUCUGUCUCUAUCAUUAACCUCUCUCUAUCAUUAACCUCUGUCUCUACCAUUAACCUCCUCUCUCUAUCAUUAACCUCUCUAUCAUUAACCUCUCUCUAUCAUUAACCUCCUCUCUCUCUCUACCAUUAACCUCCCCCCUCUCUCUCUCUCUCUCCCCCUCUCUCUCUCUCUCUCUCUCACUCUCUCUCUCUCUCUCUUGCUCUCUCUUUACCAUUAACCUCUCUCGCUACCAUUAACCUCCUCUCGCUCUCUCUACCAUUAACCUCCUCUCUGUCUCUACCAUUAACCUCCUCUCUGUCUCUACCAUUAACCUCCUCUUCCUUGUCUCUCGUGCUCCUCUCUGUCUCUCAGGCUAAUGUGAAUGGCAGAGUUCUGACCCAGUGCAACAUUGAUGAGCUGAAGAAUGAGAUGAAAAUGAACUUUGGAGACUGGCAGCUCUUCAGAGGAACCGUGAGUUUAACCCUAACCUUGCCUCUUGCAAGUUUAUUUUGUAGUGGAUUUACCAGUAGCUUUAACACUGGACGCUGCUGUUAUCAAUCACUUCUUAACACAUUAAUUACUCAUUAGCCCAGCCGUAUUUAGAGAAGGGUGCAUUGUUCCUUUCUCUUCUUCUUUCUCUGCCUCUUUCUCCUCCUUUUCCUCUCCUUCUUCCUCUCCCUACAUCUUCCUCCUCCUCUCCUUCUUCCACUCUCUCCCUCCCUCUUCUUCUUCCUUUCCCUCCUCUUCCUCCUCUUCCUCCCCUUCCUCUAGGUGUUGGAGAUGCGUCAGGUGGAGAGCCAGGUGCUUCACGAGGAGGCUCCCAGCGAGGUGGACAGCAGUAUGGUGGGCCACGGGGAACCGAGGCGCCAGGUCGCCCCGCCCCACGCCGGCGCUGCCAACCUCGACGCCAACUCACCCAUGUACAGCUUCAACCUGAGCUUUGAGGAACUGAGCAACGUGGGACUGGACGAGCCUCCCAGGCACAGCAACAACACAUGGAUGGUGAGUGACUGGUGAUCUCUUCCAUUGUAGGGAGGUCUACGUUGCAUCAUUAUAUUACGUUGACAGAAAGACUGGAAUUGUAUAGCUAUUCAGACCCCUUGACUUUUUCCACAUUUUGUUACGUUACAGCCUUAUUCUAAAAUGGAUUCAAUUGAUUUUUCCCCUCAUCAAUCUACACACAAUACCCCAUAAUGACCAAGCAAAAAUAGGUUAAAAAAAUAUAUAACAUUUACAUAAGUAUUCAGACCCUUUACUCAGUACUUUGUUGAAGCACCUUUGGCAGCGAUUACAGCCUUGAAUCUUCUUGGGUAUGACGCUACAAGCUUGGCACACCUGUAUUUGGGGAGUUUCUCCCGUUCUUCGCUGCAGAUCCUCUCAAGCGCUGUCAGGUUGGAUGGGGAGCGUCGCUGCACAGCUACUUUCAGGUCUCUCCAGAGAUGUUAGAUCGGGUUCAAGUCCGGGCUCUGGCUGGGCCACUCAAGGACAUUCAGAGACUUGUUCCGAAGACACUCCUGAGUUGUCUUGGCUGUGUGCUUAGGGUCGUUGUCCUGUUGGAAGGUAAACCUUCGCCCCAGUCUGAGGUCUUGAGCGCUCUGGAGCAGGUUUUCAUCAAGGAUCUUUCUGUACUUUGCUCCGUUCAGCUUUCCCUCGAUCCUGACUAGUCUCUCAGUCCCUGCCGCUAAAAAACAUUCCUACAGCAUGAUACUGCCACCCACAUGCUUUACCGUAGGGAUGGUGCCAGGUUUCCUCCAGACGUGACGCUUGGCAUUCAGGCCAAAGAGUUCAAUUUUGGUUUCAUCAGACCAGAUAAUCUUGUUUCUCAUGGUCUGAGUCCUUUAGGUGCCUUUUGGCAAAUUCCAAGCAGGCUGUCAUGUGCCUUUUACUGAGGAGUGGCUUCCGUCUGGCCACUCUGCCAUAAAGGCCUGAUUGGUGGAGUGCUGCAGAGAUGGUUGUCCUUCUGGACGGUUCUCCCAUCUCCACAGAGGAACACUGGAGCUUUGUCAGUGACCAUUGGGUUCUUGGUCACUUCCCUGACCAAGGCCCAUCUUCUCCGAUUGCUCAGUUUGGCCGGGCGGCCAGCUCUAGGAAGAGUCUUGGUGGUUCCAAACUUUUUCAAUUUAAGAAAGAUGGCCACUGUGUUCUUGGGGACCUUCAAUGCUGCAGACAUUUUUUGGUACCCUUCCCCAGAUCUUUGCCUCGACACAAUCCUGUCUCGGAGCUCUACGGACAAGAGACAGGUGUGUGCCUUUCCAAAUCAUGUCCAAUUAAUUGAAUUUACCACAGUUGGACUACAAUCAAGUUGUAGAAACAUCUCAAGGAUGAUCAAUGGAAACAAGAUGCACCUGAGCUCAAUUUCGAGUCUCUUAGCAAAGGGUCUGAAUACUUAUGUAAAUAAGGUAUAUACACUACCGUUCAAAAGUUUGCCCAUUAAAAUAACAUCAGAUUGAUCAGAAAUACAGUGUAGACAUUGUUAAUGUUGUAAAUGGCUAUUGUAGCUGGAAACUGAUGAUUUUUAAAGGACUAUCUACAUAGGCGUACAGAGGCCCAUUAUCAGCAACCAUCAGUCCUGUGUUCCAAUGGCACGUUGUGUUUGCUAAUCCAAGUUUAUCAUUUUAAAAUGCUAAUUGAUCAUUAGAAAACCCUUUUGCAAUUAUGUUAGCACAGCUGAAAACUGUUGUGCUGAUUUAAAGAAGCAAUAAAACGGGCCUUCUUGAGACUAGUUGAGUAUCUGGAGCAUCAGCAAUUGUGGGUUCGAUUACAGGCUCAAAAUGGCCCAUCUUAAUCUUUUCUUUUAUUGGCCAGUCUGAGAUUUCUUUGCAACUGCCUAGAAGGUCAGCAUCCCAGAGUCGCCUCUUCACUGUUGACGUUGAGACUGGUGUUUUGCGGGUAAUAUGUAAUGAAGCUGCAAAUUGAGGACCUGUGAGGCGUCUGUUUCUCAAACUAGACACUCUAAUGUAUUUGUCCUCUUGCUCAGUUGUGCACCGGGGCCUCCCACUCCUCUUUCUAUUCUGGUUAGAGCCAGUUUGCGCUGUUCUGUGAAGGGAGUAGUACACAGCGUUGUACGAGAUCUUCAGUUUCUUGGCAAUUUCUCACAUGGAAUAGCCUUCAUUUCUCAGAACAAGAAUAGACUGUCGAGUUUCAGAAGAAACGUAUUUGUUUCUGGCCAUUUUGAGCCUGUAAUCGAACGCAAUUGCUGAUGCUCCAGAUACUCAACUAGUCUCAAGAAGGCCAGUUUUAUUGCUUCUUUAAUCAGCACAUCAGUUUUCAGCUGUGCUAACAUAAUUGCAAAAGGGUUUUCUAAUGAUCAAUUAGCCUUUUCAAAUAAAAAACUUGGAUUAGCAAACACAACGUGCCAUUGGAACACAGGACUGAUGGUUGCUGAUAAUGGGCCUCUGUAUGCCUAUGUAGAUAUUCCAUAAAAAAACAGCCGUUUCCAGCUACAAUAGCCAUUUACAACAUUAACAAUGUCUACACUGUAUUUCUGAUCAAUUUGAUGUUAUUUGAAUGGACCAAAAAAUUGCUUUUCUUUCGAAAACAAGGACAUGUCUAAGUGACCCCAAACUUUUGAACGGUAGUGUAUGUUUUAUGUUUUUUUUAAAUACAUUUGCAAACAUAAAAAAACAACUGUUUUUGCUUUGUCAUUAUGGGGUAUUGUGUGUAUAUUGAUGAGGGAAAAAACGAAUGUAAUCAAUUUUAGAAUAAGGCUGUAACGUAAAAAAAUGUGGAGAAAGGGUCUGAAUAUUUUCCGAAUGCACUGUAUGUAUACGUACAGAACCAUGAAUUAAGCCAUUGACCUGUAUGUAAACCAAAUGAUAGCCUUCAUAUGUACUUAGACCACAGAUCUAGGUCUUCCUCAGUCUUUCAAUUUCUUACUGUAUGAGAUCCAUGUAUAUGUUCCAUGUCCUCCCCCUCCCCUCUCCUCCUCCCUAGGCCCCCACCCACCGCACCCCCAGCAUGUCCAGCCUCAACUCCCAGGAGUCGUCCAACGACAUCGUCAAGCUGACGGAAAAGCAGCAGUCCGAGUAUCGCAACGCCUAUCAGGAGUACAUCGCCCAGAUGGCCACGCUGGAGGUAGGCGGAGGCGGGGGAGAGAAGCCCGUCCAGCCCCACCCCAACCAAUUCAUGACCUCCUCCAGCUCCGAGGACAAAACCAAGGACAAGGCUACCACAAAGAGAAGCACCACCAAGCCUCCCGCCGUGGACGCCCCGGACUUCACCACCGCCGAAGCCCCCCUGGACCCCAUCACAGAGGAGGACGAGAAGCAGGACCCCCACGGCUCCUCCAAGACCCUGCUUGGACGCAAGGUGCCCGGGUCCAGUGACCGGGGGAGCGGCAUGUUCCAGGGAGCAGCCGACCUCAAGAUGAAGACCGGCGGGCUGCGCUACCAGAAGCUCACCAGCGACGACGAGGAUUCAGAGAACUCUGACGCUCCUCUCCUGGGGGACGUGAAGAAGCCAGGUGACUUAAAAGCAUCCUCCGGCAGCAGCUCCCUGGCCCUGGCUAAGGGGAAAGAAUAUCCAUCUGACUCCAUGCUGGAUAAGAAGGAUUCGUCUGACUCCGGCAUGCGCUCCAACGAGAGCUCGCCCAACCACUCCCUGCAGGAUGAGGAGGCUGACCUGUCCCAGCUGGAGCGGGCCAACCUGAUCGAGCUGGACCAGGAGGACAGCCAGAGCCGGGCAGCCAGUAAGAGGGGUCUGCCCAGCAGCCUGAGUGGUCUCCAGGACCCAGCCGUGGCCCGCAUGUCCAUCUGCUCCGAGGACCAGUGCAGCCUGCUGGCCAGCAGCCCCGAAGAGAGCUGGCCCUCGUCCAAGAGCUACAACCUCAACCGCACGCCCAGCAACACCACCCUCAACAACAACACCAACGCCCAUCAGCAGGGGAACCAGCAGCAGCGUUCCCAGGGGCAGAGAGCUCCGGUGGGGUCCACCAGCACAACCUGUUCCACCCCUACCUCCUCCUCCAUCAGCGAGGUCAUCAUCUCCACGGGUUCCGGCACCACCAGUACCACCACCAAGCCCGGCCCGCACAACGAGAACGUGCGCGUGGUGCACCUGAAGAGGGGGCUGAACCCCGGGGAUCCUCCGGAGAUCACCACCGUGUCCUCCGACACCGUCACUUUCGGAGAGGAGCGCGAGAGCAUCCUGUGAGCCUCCCGCCCACCUCGUACUCAGGCGGCAGACCCCUGGAGAGCACUUAGUCAGAUGUUUGGUGUGGUAGUCUGACAAUGCAUGCGUAGCAAGGUACCAUAGCUAGCUAAAUGGGUAAAUAGAUUAUGUUAGUGCUAGGUGUGCACUAAGUAGAUAGCCUUGUUAAACCAGCCUGCUCACG